AUGGAUUCUAUGGUAAACGAAUUCGCCGUAAUUUUAGACGUAAAGAAUAAAGCAAUACAUGCUCGAGACGUUAUAAUCAAUGAGCUUCAACAAAAGCUAAAAGCGUUGGAAAGUCGGAAUCAGCUCUCUAAUAAUAGUAGGAUUGUAGACGUGGAGGGUAAUAUACAAAAAGCUGAUUCUGGUCAAAGUGCCAUCAACUCAAGUGCGAGGGCUGAUGCAUGGUCAACACAGCCUCUCGAUAAUAUUCUCCCCAACUCCUCUACCAUUAAUGGGACUUGCAUAAUG